CAUACCUGCCGCGUAUUACUCUCCUUUGUCAGACCUCAUGGAAACGCACCUUCCCGCCAACCAAGAGACUCGAUCGCAGGCCCUUGCUCCAUUGCAAGCGCUCUUUCCCUGUUAAUGCAACGGAAGAGCGCCCUCGGCGACUCGAGGGACCUUUCUCGCCCCCGCGGUCCAUUUCUUCGAGUCAGCGUCUGUUUGCUGGCCAUCCUCUCAUUCGCCCUCGUUUCAAUCCGCCCCAGCAGCAGCAUCAAUGAGCUCACGCGACAGAUCCUCAAAACGCUCGAUUCAGCAGCUAAUCCUCACCUUCCACCCAUCAACUGCAAGCCCAACAUGAAUUCUAGCAUCCGCCGAUUACACGUCGCUCAGGAAGAGCACUUUGUCCAUGAGGUUCCUGGCACGUACCCCCGCUUGUGCCGCCUCUCGGACGGCUCUAUCCUCGCGGGAUUUACGCGCUUCUUGCCCCGCGGUCAGCGUGCUCUUACAGUUGUGCGAAGCACCGAUGGAGCCAGAACGUUUCAGCCUCACGGCGAGGUGACCCGCUCGUUCGGCGACUGCGAUAACCUCUUUCUCCUCGAGGUGCCGCCCAGGCCCUCGGCAGGUGGAGAGCCCAGGCCGAGCGCGCCAACUGUCCUCGCCGCAUUUCGCAACCACGAUUUGGACCAGAACGGCGUGCACACCUACUUCCGCAUCACUGUGUGCCAGUCCACCGACGGCGGCCGGACGUGGUCCUACCUUUCUCAAGCCUUUGAGAAACCCGCCCCUUUCGGUCUGUGGGAGCCUUUCCUCCGUAUGAGCGCCGACGGCAAGGAGGUCCAGCUGUUCUUCUCCCAGGAGUUGGCCGCGAACGACCAGGACACCAUGCUCGUCCGCAGCUCCGACAACGGCGCGACCUGGUCGGCGAGACAGCGCGUUACGGGCGCGGGCGAGGCACUGCGCGACGGCAUGGUCGGGCUGGCCGAGGCAAGAUACUGUGGGGGACACUCGGCGUUGGUUCUUGUCAUGGAGACCACCCGCAGGGGCACCUUCUCGAUCGAAGCUAUGGUCUCUUUCGACGACGCAAACACAUUCGGAUUCCGGCACGUGGUGUAUCAGGCGAAGGAGGGGCGGAAUGCUGGGGCGCCUCAGAUCACGGCAUUUGCGGACGGAUCGGUGGCUGUUGUGUUCAUGACGGACGAGGACGGGGAGGGCCCGUCCAGGUGGCCACGCGGAGCGACAAUCAAGGCCGUGUUCGGUACCUUUAAUCCUGACGGAACGCUUCAAUGGAGCGCGCCUCAAGUCGUUCGCAACGCCGUGAGCUGUUGGCCGGGCAUCAUGCGCAUAGCUGAUGACGCAGCCGUGGCGGUUUAUGAGAGCUCGUCGAGCAUCAGGGGCCGCGUUUUGAAGGUUGCAACACUCUCAGCUAGCUAACCAUUGCUGAUAGUACGCCGCCGCGUGGCGCGAGGGUGCGGCAUGACAGCUGCAGGAUCAUCUAAAUAUGCUGGGAAACCUGCUUUGAAGAAACCUGGAGCCGACAGCAGAUUUCAGUAGGGCUGGCUGGCUAUAGGCUCUCGCCCUCCCUUUUCCUCCCCGCGCA